GCGCUCAAUUUAAAUUAAAUUCAUUAAUUUUCAGACAAUGAAAACUAUUCUAGUUACUGGAGGAACUGGCUUAGUUGGAAGCGCUAUUAAAAAGGUAGUUGAAACUACUGAAAAGCGAGACGAUGAGAAAUGGGUCUUUAUUGGAAGUAAAGAUUGUGAUUUGGAGAAUUUAGAAGAGACUAGGGAAUUGUUUGAAAGUGUCAAACCAACUCAUGUUAUUCAUCUUGCUGCUAUGGUCGGUGGAUUGUUCCACAAUUUGGCACACAAUCUGCAAUUUUUCCGCAAGAAUAUGGCUAUCAAUGACAAUGUAUUGGCUUUAUGUCAUGAGUUUGAUGUCAUCAAGUGUGUCUCCUGUUUGUCUACAUGUAUUUUCCCUGAUAAAACCUCGUAUCCUAUCGAUGAGACAAUGGUUCAUCUAGGUCCACCUCAUGAUUCCAACUUUGGAUAUUCGUAUGCCAAACGAAUGAUUGAUGUUUUGAAUAAGGGAUAUGCACAGGAACACGGAAGAAAAUACACAUCUGUUGUUCCUUGUAAUGUCUUUGGACCUCAUGACAACUAUAAUCUACAAUCAGGACAUGUUCUACCGGCAUUGAUUCAUAAAGCAUAUGUUGCUCAAAGAGAUGGAACUCCACUGCAAGUAUAUGGAUCUGGAACACCAUUGAGACAGUUCAUUUACUCUAUCGACUUGGCGAGACUUUUCAUUCGAGUUGUCAGGGAGUACGAGGAUGUUGAACCAAUUAUUCUGUCUGUCAAUGAAUCUGAUGAAGUUUCAAUUCGUGAUGCUGUUUCUGCUGUUGUCAAAGCAAUUGAUUUCACUGGAGACGUCGAAUACGAUACGUCCAAGGCUGAUGGACAAUUCAAGAAGACUGCUUCUAAUGAGAAACUUCUGAAAUUAUUCCCCGAUUUUCAAUUCACGCCAUUCGAGCAGGCUAUUCAAGAGUCUGUUCAGUGGUUCGUUGAUAAUUAUGAGACGGCUAGAAAAUAAUUUAUUUAUUAAUUGUAAUGGGACGAGGUGUUGAUUUACUAUUUAUGUAGAUUAUUGUUGUCGUACGUACGACAUGUCGUAAAUAUUAUUUCAUCAGUUUUUCAAUAAACUUUUGACAUAUUGC